AUGAGAAACACUUCUGGGCCAGGUAGUAAUAAAGUCACAGAUGACUUCUCAGCAUCAAGACGAGGGGGUGUCAGCGAGGACAGAAAAGAGCCGCCUGAAUGGUUGAUUCGAGAGCUGCUGAAACAGAACAGGCGAAGACACUCUGUCACACUGGGAGAUCAGGCUCAAAUCAUGAGACAACAACACCACAGUAUUGACUCAGCUCGCAGUCUCCAGCUUGACGAGACGAUAUCACUCGAGAACCUCCAGAAACUGAAAGUAGCAUUUGAGGAUGACUUCUGCACACACAUGCUGCAGGAGUACAAAGAGAAGCAGGAAACAGCAAGACGCAGUAAGCAGGUGGCUUUCACUCUGCCAGCCACCAUGAAGGCGUUGUGUCACAGCAUUCCCAUCGUCAACAUUCACUCCACCCACGAUGGCUCCAUCGUCACAGUGCGAGAAGAUGGGGCCGUUUGCUACUGGAGCCCUGAACUUAAACCACUGAAGACCAAACACAUGUUUAAUGAAGGACCUGCAAACAGGAAGUCAAAGUGGGCAAGUGAUUUUACUCUGAUGACUGAGUACAACAAGCUGAUGAUUGGAACGGGGGACAGAGAGCUCCAGCUUUAUGAGCUUUCCACUCUGGAGCCUUAUUGCCAGAUCAAUGCACUAGACACUGUGCCUUUGACUUUAGACUACGGCUACACCGGCACUGAUAAAUGUUGUAUUCUGUAUGGAGACACUGAGGGAUGUGUGACUAUCAUUUUAAUAUCCUCUGUUGGAGAUACCCUCAGACUAUGGAAUAAAUUACCGAAGAUUGAAAAUAUACCCAACAUAGCGAUUGACAAUGCAGUGCUUUCUCUGAAUGUGACAUUUGUCAGAUGGAAGGUUCAUCAGGACUGGGUGACACAGGCUAAAUAUUUUCAAAGUUUUCAAGCUGUUGUCUCCUCAUCAAAUGAAGAAUCUUCGUCUCUCGUUAUAGGCCGCAUGCUGCCGUUAACAGACGCUGAGCAGCAGCUGAACGAGAUCAGAGAGGCUUGCUACGAAGGUAAGAGCAAGAAGGUCCAACUGAGCUGGACUCCACAGCAUCGCACAUCAUGUGACCAGAGAGUUUUCACCAUCCACAAAGGUGUCAAGACGUUUGACCUUUGUCAGAAGCACAGCUUGCUGGUUACUGGAGGCAUGGACAGACUUAUACGCAUGUGGAACCCACAUUUUUCUGGGAAACCAACUGGUAUUUUGAAAGGCCACUCUGCUCCCAUCAUAUACCUCUGCAUCUUCUCAGCGGACAGUCAGAUCUUCUCAGUCUCCAUAGACAGAACUGUGAAAAUCUGGGAUAUUCAAGAUCUGUGUUGCUUGUUUACUGCAGAGCCCAAAGCAAACAGGAUUCAUGGUGACAUAUCUGCAUGCUCGUAUUCCUCUGCUAUGAGAUCCCUCUACAUUGCAGCAGACUGUAUGGCUGUGCUCUCCCUGAAGAUAAGGCCACAGCUUCACAGCCGUCUGACUGUUUCGCAUAAUGAGCCUGUAAUGUGCUGCGGCUACACUGAGGAGUUUCGUCAAGUCGUCAGCUGCACUGAGGGAUCUGUGGUGAAAGUCUGGGAUUUUGACACUGGGCGUCAGAUUUUUGAGUUUGGUGGCACACAUGACCUGUCUGUCAUCACAUGCAUGACAUUUGACCCCAAAGGGAGGAGACUCAUCACAGGUGGAAGAGAUGGUUGUCUAAAGAUCUGGAACUUCAACAAUGGUCAGUGCCUAAAGACACUACAAAAAGAUGGGGAAUCUCACGAGGUGUUCGACUGUAUCUUUCUGAAAGUUCACAGGAAUUUCUAUGUGAUGUCUGUCGGCCGGGACCGGAAGAUUGACAUUUACUCAGACAUACCAGAGGACCUCCAUCAUGUCCAGAGGCCGCAGCCUUCAUGGCAGGAUGAUCUGAAAAAUGGCCAUAAGGAGGACAUCCUUUGCGUGGCGCAGUGUCCCCCAUCUCUCGUAGCCACCGGCAGCUACGAUGGAGAGAUCAUUGUGUGGAACGUGGUUUCUGGAUGUAUACAGUGUCGGUUUGUCAGCCCCCUUCUAGUUGAACAGCAAAAUGUCGAAGGACUGGAUACAAGUGUACCAAGCAUCAUUUUCCUAAAGAACUCCAAGUUACAGCAGUUUUCCUCCACUACAGCUCUUGUGUCGUCCGCGGCCUUGGGUUGUGUAGAUCUCUGGAGCGUGCUCAGUGGAGGACAUUUCGUGGGCAGUUUCAGAGCUUCUCCAUUCCAACAAAAGAUCGAAAAACUGGCUAAAACAGAGAAGGGCGCAUUGCUGUACGCUGCUGACCAAAUUGGUUACAUCUAUGUUUACGACAUGGAGAAGUUUGCCCCUACAGAAAAACCACCCAGAGCAGAAUUACUGGGUAUGCAAACUACACCGCAGGCUUUAUCAUGGGCAAUCACAAAUAGUGUUCUGCCAGAAAUGCCUUCUCCCAUUUCAUCCCAUGUCUCUUUAUUCUGGUCCAGCCUAGAGAUUGUUGACAAUGAUCAAGUGGUGCUUACCUCAUCCACCGACUACACUGUGCGCCUUUGGAGUGCACAUGGAGAAUUCAUAGGGACCUUUGGGCAAUCUGAGAGCUGGAGCAUCCACAUCUCCUCUUCCUGGAAGCAUCCUGCUGUCCCCUAUGAGGUGCUGAUUGAUCCCCUGAGUAUGCCAGAUCAUGAAAUCCUGAAUUUAAAAACAUGUCCUUCUGAUGCUAUCAGUCCUGACAAGACUGACACUCACAGAGGGGAACUAAAGUCAGAGACAAGCAGUAAGCUGGGACUUCCUUCAGCAUCAACCAGUGACACAGACAGUGAGGAAGAUUAA